AUGUCUCUACCCAAAGCUAACACACCCUUACUCAAACCCGCGUUGUUUGUCCACCUUGAAGCCGAGGAUGGCUUACCAAUCUACUCUGAGUCUACCGGAUCUAUGAGUUGCGUUCGCGUCAAGUCCGGCUACAUCACCGGAGUCGGCAAGAAUCACCCAUUUGAAGCCAAGAUCAAUUUCGGAUUUGAUGACAUCCGUCUGAGUCCUGGUAGCUCAACAGGAAUCCUGGAUUGCCACCUCUAUGGUACCACUGCUAAGGGCAAAGGUCUCUUUAUCCACUAUACUGGGGUAGUCCACAUGGUGGGUACAGUUGCUGAAAUCCUGCAGAACAAAAAGUCAUACAUGGACUUCGAUGAUGGAUAUGUCACAUGUUCACCAGACGACUUCAAAAUUGAUUCUGGAGCUGAAGAAGAGUGGGUUAAGGACCAGAAACUGAGCGGGAAGGGCCGGUUUUUGCGCAACAGCGAGGGAGGUUUAGUUGUGCAAUAUUAUCUGUAUGAAGUGGAAGGGUUGAAGUCUUCUUUGUGA